GGGGGAAUGGGGAAAGGAGGGCAGAGACCAGAGCAGGGAGGGGGGCUUGCGGAGAGCAAAUUACCCUUGUCAUCAUCACCAUAUCUGCCCCUCACCCCAAAUCCCCCCUUCUUCUCCUGCCUUUGGCCACCCCUCUCUUCCUGUUUGGUGCCCUUCUCCCCCACACCCCUUUGGUUGCCUCUCUCUUUCCCACCCCCCACUUUGCUGUCCUCUUGACUCCCUGUCUACUGCCCAUGUCUCCCCUCCUCCCUCGCCUUCCCUUUUGGCCCCAUGACCACUGUUGUCUCCUGACAUUGGCCCUCUUUAAUGGCCCGUUUGGGGAAUAGGGAAGAAUGUGGAAUGAUGAUCAUUAUGAGACUGAAGCCUUCUGUGGUUUCUCUCAGGCUGCUCCCAAAGUGCCUGCCAUGCCUCGUCACUGCUCUGCUGAGGGAUGCAGAUCUAGGGACACAAAGGACUCGCGAAUUAAUGGCAUCACCUUUCACAGGUUACCAAAGAAAGGGAAAAGUCAACGUGAGAUCUGGUUGCUGAACUGUUGUCGAAGGAACCCGGAUGGAACUGUCCCCUGGACUCCUUCAUCGCAAUUUGUCUAUUUUUGCUCAAAGCAUUUUGAAAAACAGUGCUUUGAACUUGUGGGACUGAGUGGUUAUCACCGGCUGCGCGAUGACGCGGUCCCCACGUUGUUCCAACCGAGUCCUCGAGGAAAAGUGAAGUCGACCAGAGCAAACAAAGAAAAGGCAGCAGCACCAGUGGCCACCAGUGAAUGUCUCACUAACAAUGCUGAUUUACCAGAUGCGGAUCUCGGGGACCCCACGUCCAGUUUGGAGACGAGCUUCAGCAGUUCCCAGGAUGCUUCCACCUUUGUCCUAGAUUAUUCCGUUCCCCAGGCGAGGGUGAGUGAAAGCAUUUGCUCGAGCAAUACGCUGCUCACCGAAGCCCCGCUGUGCUCGAGUCAGGCUGAGCUGGAGGCUUCUGUGCCCACUGUAAUUUACCUGGUGGACACCGAGUCAAAGCCGGUGGAAUUGGACAGCACCGAGAGUGAAGAGGAAGCCUGCAUGAGCAUCCUGUUGUCUCAGCCCGAUGUGUUGACUGACCUCCCGGCCCACAGCCAGGAGGAGCUGCAAGAUUUUGGGACCCUCAUUCCCAUCGCGCUGUACAUGGCACGCCUUCCCAGUGUGCCCAUGAACCCUGGGGCCCACGUCGCGGUCGAGCACAGCUAUACCGUGGGCUGCCCGCUGGUUUGGAAGAAGAGGGCGGAGGUCCUGAACGAGGCCUUUGAGAAGGUCAGCAAGGAGCUGCGGGCCAGCAAGAAGCGCGAGAGCCGGCUCAGGUCCCGCAUCACCUCCUUCCUGAAAACACGAGUCCGCGGGCGGCGGGUGAAGCUGGGCUUGCCCAACCAUCUGGCCCAGCCGGUGGAAGUGUUUGAGGUGCAGGUAAUAAACGACGCUGUUGAACUGUGUAACCCAGUGACCAGCUGAACAGAGCCAAGCCUCCAGGAUGGUGCCCAGAGCAAUGAAGGUGAAGAGCCGUCACACACAGAGGAGAGGUAGGGAGGGAGAGGUGUGCUGGGAGUUGAAUUGAUCUACAAUGAGGGGAGAGGACUGAGAAUUAUGGGGUUUAUGGGACGGGGAGGCGACUGGUGGGGAGGUAAUCAGUGCAUGAAGAGGAAUGGUUGGGGAGGUGAGAGGAGAGUGCUAGGAUAGGUGGGGUAGGUGGAUAGAGGGGAUGGGAUGGGAUCUUCUGGGAUGGACAGAAUGGGUUAGGGAGAAGCAUGAAUCCUGACUGAGAGAAGAGGAGAGAUUAAUGGGAGAGAUAAGAUGAGGCAGAGAAGAACAGUGUGAGAUAAGUGGAUAGGAGAUGUGGAGUGGUAAAGAGACCAGGGAAGAGAUUAAAUUAGGUGAGGUUGAAGUGGCUGGGCAGGGAAUUGAGAGGGAACUAUAUGACAGCAGUGUGUGGUGACUGGCACCAUUGUUCUGAGGCACCAAGAUGUGCAGGAGGGCAUUUGUUCGCAAUCAGUUGUUGAUGUUUGCCUGACAUGAAAUGUAACAUUUGAAUAUGCUACCUUUUUAAAAUAAAGUAACUUGGAUCAUUA